UGAGAAGUUAUUCGUUUGACACUCUUAUCAACGAACAAUACAACAUUGUUAAACAACGUACUAUUGUUCAAAACAAUGUAUCGGCUAGAUUUUCCAAAUCUUUUUCAAAUUUAAUUGUAAACGUUCGGGAAAAACAUUGAAUAGACCAUUAACUACAAUUAAAAAAAACUUCCAAUCCAACUAAUAAGUAACUAUCUUGUUAUGGUUUUUUCGGUGCUACGGUUUUCACAGCUUUUGUAAACACUAAUGUGGACACAAAGUAUUUUGAUUUUGCUUCAAUGCCUAAAACUCGCAUACGUGUUUUGUGACGGAACGUAUGAAUGUGGUGACCAUGGUAGGUUCGAGUACUGUAUUGACGAAAUUCCUGGGUGUAUAAUCGGUUGCCACUGCCAUCCGGGAUACUACUUCGAUACCGACACUAAAAUAUGUGAACCUAAUUCUAAGCUGAUUGAGCAUCAUAGGCGCCCUUAUGUGGCAGAGCCUACUCGACUUCAGAGCCAUAUUAUGUCUUCAAGCCAAAAUUUUGUAACAAGCUCGGUUGCUACUACGAGUAAGAUUGACGGCGCAAUUGAUGAAAUUAGCAAAGAUACUGAAGAUUUAGGAGAUUGGCUUUAUAACCAGUUCUUUAAAACAAUAGAGAAUCAAGUUAUAAAUAGCACAAAUGAUCAAAAUACUUUGACAAGACGUAGUGCUUCAUCAAAAUCAAUUAAAAGACCACAGAGAAGAAAAAAAACAAAAAAACGUAGAAAAAACAAACACAAAGUAAAAGAAAAAAAACUUUCGCAAAUAACUGAAAAUGACAGCGUAUUCGAUAUAUCUUCUAGUUCAAAUUCAGAUUCUAGUGACUCCUCGGGUAGCUCAAGCGAUUCUUCGUUAGAUUACGAUAGAUAUUAUAAUCAUCACGCCGAUGACGAUGAACACGGACAUAAGAAGAUUGUUAUGAUUAAGAAGAAACCAAAACAGAACCUACCUAACUUUAUUUUCCUACCGAAUUUAGAUACCCCAUUUUACCCUCCAGUGGGCUUACCUCCACCGCAAAUUCCAGUACCUAUGUAUCCGAUGGUACCCAUACCUCCAAUGGUGCCAUUUAUUCAUAUUGAAGAAAUAAGAACAACGGCUGCUCCCGAUAAAACUACAACAGAGACUGUGGAGAUUAAAACGACAGAACAGACGCUACCUACGCGGAUAAGCACAGAACAAGAAAAUGAUCAAAUAAUUACAAAAAUACCUGAACAAAUCGGAAAGAAAGAACCGGAAAAAUUAAGACAUCUAAAUAAAAUGAGAAGUAAGGAACCAAAACAUUCAAAAAGUGAUAAAACAGAAAAGAAUUUGAGAUCCAUUAAAAUGAUGUCUCCAAGUCGUCAGAAAUUCAUACAACGUCUUAAACAAAAGAUGCAGAAUCAAUCUGCUAAAUCAUUGAUGCCACCUUGGAUGAGAAAUAAAAACACAGUAUCCAAUUCAUUCAGUAAACAAGAUGAUAAUCAUGAACAUCCAUAUCUUGAAAAUUCACCUGAUUCUUACAUGAUUAAUGAUAUAAAACCAAACACAAGAGAAGAUGGGGCAGCUAUAUCAGAAAACGUUGACUUUAAAUAUAUAACUGAACUUAUACAUCGAGAUGAUCUGAAUAAUAAUUCCAAUAAAUUGCCACCCAUUGAAUAUAACCCUUUUGAUAGUAUUGAAAUUUAUCAAUCGCCUAUUCAGAAAGAAAAGAAUGCUGAUUACAUUAUACCUCCUAACGCACUUGAUAAUAGAAGAUUUAUACGACCUAAUUACCGCAAAUCGGAUGAGUCGUACUACAUGAAUCUUGGUAGACAAAUAGCAUCUAUGAUACGAAGUAUUGAUACUCAAAAUAAGGAACUAAAUAUCAAAGUAGAAGCAACACAUGAUAUUCCAAAAAAUGACUUAUUUGUAAAAGUAAGCUCGCCAAGAUCGUAUUGGGAAAGAUCCGUGCGAUCUCCUCUAACAUUUUUGAAUUCAAAUAAGAGAAAUGUUGAAUAUUUGAAGAGAAGUAACGAAUUACUUUUCGAUAUAGAAAAUAAAGUAGAAAUUAUAGCUUCCACAGUACCGACCUUAACUUUAAGGGAAAUAGAAAAUAUUGUUAGUGUCAUGGAAACUGCUAAAAGAAGGAUGAAAGACAACGAGACCACUGUAAAAGAUGUGUUGCUUGCUGAAAAUAAUCUUAAUAUUAAUUUAUGGCCUCAAGCAUUGUCAAAUGCUAGAAACCGAAUAAAAAAUUCAAUAUCAGCUAAUUUAAAAAAUCACAUAAAACUACCAAUUCCCAGCCCUACGUCAAACAACAGUCAGAAUAAAAAAAAGAAUAUACCAGAUCACUUAAAUGGUUUUAGUAUGGCGAUCACAAACACAUUUUCAGCUCAACAAAAUCCACAGGGAGCCGAAAAGUCUAACUUUAAUACCCAAAUUAUGGAAACAAAAUCUUAUAUUAAACCUGCUUCUUAUCCUAAUAUAGAAAACUAUAAUCAAGGUCCACAGAAGACAUUGCCUAACCCCAAGUAUAUCAAAUCUACAUUUUCAGGUCAAAAUUUCAGACAACCUUUAUGGGAUCAUGAGAUAAAUCCUUUCUUUUUAAAAAAUAGAAAGUACUUUGAUAACACUCAUAACUACUUUGUAAAUCGAAACGAAAAUUUUCCUUCCAUUGCACCUAAAAAUAGAUUACAAAAUUCAUAUUUUCACCACGAAAUAAGUAAUUUUGAUUACAUUGAAUAAAAUAUCAUGAAAAAUUGAUACAAGAAUUUUGUGUCGUCGACAACUGACACUAAAUUUGAACUUCAUGAUACGACACAAAUGGAAUUCUUUAAAUAAACUACUUAAUCAACUACUUAAGUAAGGACUGCGAUUAAGAGUGAAAUAAGGAGGUCUAACACACCUAAGAUAGAGAUAACUGUGUUCGAAGUUUGAAAGACAUGGCGCGAUUGAACACUAAAAUGCUACUGUAAUAAAUAUGUUCCUUCAUUUCAAAGCGUCAAGUUCGUUUUAUUAAACAAGAAUA